AUGUACCAGAUUGUUCCGGUGGUCCCCGGGGAGCAGCACAUGUCCGAGGGUCCCGGGAACUCCCCACUUAAAAAGCGAGGAACUCAGGAAGCCCGACCUCUGGUAAUUACAAGCGUCCUGGGAUGUCUUUUGGUGCUGGCCGCCGUCGUGGCUUGGUGCUACUAUUCGGCUUCUCUUCGCAAAGCCCAGCUCGUGAAGACAGAGCUGCUGGACCUCAACAAGGAUGGUUUUGUAAUCCGGAACCAGACGGGCGCUGUUAUAUUCACCAUGAUUUUCAGGUCCGCCCACCUGGAUUUAGACUCUUGCUCCCAUGAGGAAAAUAUUCUAAGAUGCACUCGUUCAGAUGCUGGCAAGAUCAACUUUUUUAUCCACACAGUUCGACUGAAGGACACGGUGAUGUGUUACCGUGUGCGCUGGGAGCCUCUAGAAGAUAAGCGCACUGUGGAGCACACCAUGGCUUGUAAUGGCUCUCAUUGGUACGGAGGGGCAGAGUCUGCCACUCAGCACUGGCCAAUCAGAAUUGAGGGCGAGCGGGAACCGCAGCCUUUCGUCACCAGUGACGUCUACUCAAAUCGGAACGCUUUUGGGGGGAUUCUAGAACGCUACUGGCUAUCCUCCAAUGCGGUUGCCAUCAAAAUUAACGAUUCUGUGCCGUUUCAUUUGGGCUGGUCUGAGAAGGACAUGACACUUUACUUCCAGGCCCGAUACCAGGAUUCUCCAUUCAGACCACCGGAAGGACGACAAGCCUCGCCAGAACUCAGCUACAGAGUUUGUGUUGGCUCAGACGUCACCUCAAUUCAUAAGUACAUGGUGCGUCGCUAUUUCCCAAAGCCUAUCAAGGUUCCUUCCGUUGAAGUCUUCAAACAUCCACUGUGGUCCACUUGGGCUCUUUACAAGACAUCCAUCACCCAAGAGAAGUUCCUGCAGUACGCCUCGGACAUUAUCAAAUAUGGCUUCACCUGUUCUCACCUAGAGCUAGACGACCGCUACACCGCCGACUAUGGCGAGUUUGACUUCGAUCCCCAAAAAUUCCCUAACGCCAGCGGUAUGUUUGACAAGCUCCGAAAAGAUGGUUUUCAAGUGACGCUCUGGACUCACCCGUUCAUCAACUACGACUCCAUCAACUUUGGUGUUGCCGUUCAGGAUGGUCUGUUUGUGCGUGACCCCAGCGGUGAGCUGCCAGCUCUUGUCCGCUGGUGGAAUGGCAUCGGCGGAAUCUUGGACUUUACCAAUCCAAAUGCUCGCAACUGGUAUGCGGUCCAACUAACCAAGCUCAAAGAACGCUACGGUGUAACAUCCUUUAAGUUUGACGCAGGGGAGACAAGCUAUCUGCCGCAACAGUUUAGCACCGUAAUCCCACUGACGGACCCCUCCACCUUCACUCGCCUCUACACAGAGAUGGCCAUUCCGUUUAGUGAGCGGGCUGAGCUGCGGGUGGGAUACCAGAGUCAGAACAUCUCCUGUUUCUACAGGAUCAUUGACAGAGACUCUGUUUGGGGUUAUGAGCUUGGCCUCAAGUCUAUCAUCCCAACAGUUUUAACCAUCAGUAUUCUGGGGUACCAGUUUGUCCUGCCUGAUAUGAUCGGUGGGAAUGCAUACGCUGACCAUAUGACAGGUACAGUCUUACACAUUUACAAUGGGAUUGACCUGCCCGACAGAGAACUUUACAUCAGAUGGUUGGAACUGUCUGCAUUCAUGCCUGCUAUGCAGUUUUCUAUACCACCAUGGCACUAUGAUGAUGAAGUGGUGGAGAUAGCGCAAAAAUUUACAAAACUCCACAAGACCCUAGUAGCCCCUAGGGUUCUCAAGUUGGCCAACGAAGUGCUUAACACAGGAGAUCCCAUCAUAAGACCCCUCUGGUGGAUCGCCAACAACGAUGCAGCAGCUUACAAGGUGGACUCCCAGUUCCUGAUUGGGGAUGAGCUGAUGGUGGCUCCUGUCCUGGAAGCGGGCAAGCAGGAAAGGGAUAUCUACUUGCCGGCGGGGAGGUGGAGAAGCUACAAGGGGGAACAUUUCGUUCAGGGCCCCAAGUACCUUACUGACUAUCCUGUCGACCUGGAUGAGAUUGCCUACUUUACAUGGGUUCACUGA